AUGAAUCGAAACAUUCCAAUUGGGAAUAAAAUAUGUGCAACAAAAGAAAUAUUCUAGAACCAAGUAAUUCUUAAUACUCAUUUAUUAACUAUGAGACCAUAAAUCAAUACUAGUGCACCUAAACAAUAUGAUUUCCUUAAAAAUAAAAAGAUUAAAGAAGCUAUUAAAUCACAAAAAUAAUAAGAAAUAGAUAGAGAAAAUUAAAAUCUCAUAUCUAAAUUAACUACCAUUAUGCAAUAAUAAUCAAGUAAUAAUAUAAUACUAAUUAAGAUAAUUCUAUCUCUACUUUAGCAAUUAAGAAAUCUACUACCUUGAAUAUUGCUCCAAAGAAAUCACUUAAUAAAGAAUACAGAAAAAAAGAAUUAAUUAAAAUAGUUAUGGAGAAUUAAUAACUCUUGAAAAGAAUCUAAGAUUAAAAAUCUUAAUAUAAUGUUAAAGAUUGGAAUCAAGAGCGAAAAUGGGUUGAAAAAUAAAUUUCAAAUAUAUGCGAAUAUCCCUAUAAAGAUUUCAAACCUACUAAAACUUUAGUAUAAUAUUGGACUAAUUCAAGAAUUAAUGAGUCUUAAUUAUAAAGUAAUAAUUCAAAACUUAUAUAUUAAUAGAAAGAGAUAAUUUUAAUAAUAAGAAAUUAGAUCCCUUAGAAAUUAAAAGUCAAUAAACUAAGUAUUAAGUAUUAUUAAUCUAUUAGAUUAAGACCCAGACAAGAUAACAAUACAGAAUCAAGAUAACUCUUGACCAAUUAAGAAAACUAACAAAGGUAGUAUAUAACCAUAUUAUAAUACAACUAGAAGUCUCUUUGAAUCUGAUUUUCAACCAUAUGAACCUUAUUAAGAUAAGGUUAGUAAGAUAGUUAAUGAGAUAAUAGAAAAACCUUAAUAAUAAGACUAGGAAGAUAAAAAAGAAAAUGUUGAAGUUGCGAAUAAUGAAAAUAAUCAAGAUAAAUCAAUUACAUAAGAAGAUCAUCAAAAUGUGACAUCUAAUAAUUUCUAAAGCAAUGACUAAGAUGAAAAGGAGAAUAAUUAAUAAGAAGAAGAAUUAUAAUAGUAGUAAAAUUAAAGUAAUAAUUUAAUGGAGAAUUCAGAAGAUAAUUAAGAAUAAUAAAAUGAAGGAUCUAAUAGAUCUCCAUAAAAUCAUCAAAAUAUUCAAACUAUUGAUUUUGAAUAGUAAAAUCAAGAAUAAUUGGACUAAUAAAGUUAAGAAAAAUUAUAAGAUUGA